AUGCUGGAGGCGCCGGCCGUCGGAGAGAAGCCGGGGGAGGCACAGCCCGGCGGAGAGAAGAAGGAGGAGGUGCAGUCGAUCUCGAAAUACCUGCGAAGCCUUUACGGAAAUGGCGUGGCGAACAAGAAGGAAGUGAUGAAGCACCUGAGGAGGCGCCUGUACAAUGAUCCCAAGGUGGAACAUAUAUACAAAAAAUUAAAAGAGAUUCAUGGGAACAGCGGUAUCUGCACGGAACAAUGGAAGGAGGGCAGUUUCGCAUUUAAGUGUUAUAACUGUGAGGGAGAUCCUACCUGUGCCAUCUGCGCAAAGUGCUUCUUCGGGUCCAAUCACAAGAAUCACGUAUACAGAUUGACGCACACAAGUGGAGGAUGUUGUGAUUGUGGGGAUACUUCCUGGAAUAUAAAGGGAGCUUGUUUUGAUCACCGAGGGAUGGAUCAACAAUACUUAGUAGAUAAAUGCAUCCUAAAAGGAGAGAUAAAAAAUAGGAUUAAUGACGAUUUGGACAGUCUAAUCGGGUCACUAUUUAAAGAAAUCAUUCUGAAAGAUGGAUACUUCCUCUCUUUAUCGAAUGCCCAAUAUAUAGAAUACGCACUGGACUUUUUUAAAGACCUAGGUAUCACGAGUUACCUCUUCCGACAAAUCAUCUGCAAUGUGUUGUCAGCAGCCAAGGUAGAUUAUUUGAUUAACCUCCAUUAUUGCUUCUACACCGCAGUGCAGAGAGUUCUAUACUCACUUUACCUGUCCCUUUUUGUGCAUCCCUACUUCAAGCAGAGGUUUGCCUUCAAAUUGUGCAGAUAUUACAGUCUUGUCGUUCGGGUUUUAGAUACCACAUCGUAUAACGACAAUAACUUCCUUAACGGACUGACAGUACAAGUCUUGACUGUCCCAGAGAUUGCUUACACUUUAGUUGUAAACAACUUUUUGAAUGACCUCAUAGAACUCAUUGAAGAAUUUUGUGUGUAUAGUCCUACUAGCAAGUGCAUUAUGUUUAAGAAUCUACUACGCUCCGAUAUAGAGGUGAUUAUCCGAAUCUGUGUCGACAUGAAAUAUCUCCUUUAUCACAAUGAUGUCAUUAAGAUUGUUCUCUUCAAUAAAUAUAUCAUUAGGAAGAUCCUCCACCUCCUAUCCUUACUACAUCAGAUGAAUGCUCAAAUGAGACACAUCAAGUCACAUAUCAUUUAUGAAGAUCUUUCCAGCUCCUAUGCCAUCACCGUUGAGAACUACCUCCUUCGUGUGUUUGAGCCUUUAGCUAAUUUUUGCAAAAGAGAAGCCAAUGCCAAUUUUAGAAAUCUCUUCUUGUUGUAUCAGCUUACCAUAGAGAGUAUUUGCUCUCUAAAUCUGUUCCCCUUCUCGGGAGACUCUUCUGCGAGUAACGCGGGUGGGGUGCGCCCCAAGCGGAGAAUCAAACGGGAUCGCUCCUUCUUCCGGGUUAAGAAGUGCGUCCUGUCCGCUUCCCAACGGGCUGACCCCCAGAGCGACACGCGGGAUGAGGGGCACGUCGGUGGCGUUGAAGUUAGCGGUGCGAUUGGUGACGUUGCUAACAGCGUGCAUGGCGGUGCAAACGACGCAACGAACUCCACCGCGAACACCACCGCGAACUCCACCGCGAACUCCACCGCGAAUUCCACCGCGAAAUCCACCGCGAACUCCACCGCGAAAUCCACCGCGAAACCCAGCACGAAACCCAGCACGAAACCCAGCACGAAACCCAGCACGAAACCCAGCACGAAACCCAGCACGAAACCCAGCACGAAACCCAGCACGAAACCCACCGCUAACCCCAAGCAGCAACAACCGCGCAGACGACCCAAGCACCUACGCUCCCUACACUCGCCGCUCGUCCGCUUCUUCGUCAUGAUUCUUAACUUCGAUGUGGUGAAGAAGUGCCUCGACGAUGUGUACUGGUACAAGUACAUUUACCUGAGGAGGUCGCAAAGGAAGCGAGACAAACUGGACACCUCGUCGGGGGAUGCGCCAGAAAGUGCGGCCCAGCGCCCCCUCAUCGUACGCGCCUUCCUCAACGAUUUCUACUCCGUGGAGAGAACGCCCCCAGAAACGCUGCGCAAAAGGAAAGACAUCCAACAAAGGUACGAGGACGACGGGAAUAAGAUAAAGAUGAAGCUCUUUCAUCGGAAGCCCUUUCUAAACGAUCUCGAGGAAAUACAAAAUGAAAAGACGAGAACCUAUCUCACAGAGCUGAAAGACCUGGAGGAGAAACACUUUAAGUGGGUCAUUCAAAGCCUCGAUUCGAAGGAGAAGGAAGAAGACGACAAAAUUAUGUAUAUAAAGAGUAUUCAAGAAAAGAAGGUCAAAGUGAAAUGCAAAAAUGAUCUCAUCGAAAAAAAAAUAAAAAAAAAAGAGAUAGAAUUUAAUGAGUUCCUAGAAAUAGACUUUCGCCAAAACAGGAGAGACAUCUACCUGAACCGAUUAUACAUCGACUUGUACAUGCGGGACGUCUUCGAUUUUCUCAAUCUCUUCAAUUUGAAGCUCCUAAAGUUUAUCCUCUUUAUCAAUGUGCACGUCUUAACCUUCGUUUAUGAGAUAAAAUACGGGUACUGGGUUCGCAACGGACCACAGAUGACCUUCCAGGUGAGCGAAUAUGAAAGCUCUUUCUUCUUCCAGAGUGACUUGAUAGGAAUCCAGUUCGCUAUGAUCAUGAUGAAUGUCCUUCCCAUAUAUGAGAAUCAGACAGUUAGCAUUGACCAGGGGACACUAAGGAUGAUGAGGAAAAUGUUUUGUAAGUACAUUGGCUGUAGGGGGACUUCCAACGAUACAAGUGUUCCCACCGACUCGGUGCAUGGCUUCAUCGCCUCGGGAAGCGACAGCAACCACAGCAGCCCGGACGGGGGAGAGCUCAAAGAGGAGAAGUUUCCCACGCAGGGAGAGCCCCUCCUGUGCGGUCAUAUAGAGAAAGCAAUAGAGGGGGGGGCACAUGUGAAAGCUGGGGUAAGCCACCAUAUUUCGGACCAUGAUGAGGGUCUCCUCGCGGAGGAACAGAACCUGAUAUAUGACAAGAAGGAGAUUCAGAGGGGAGAAAGGGAAGGAGUCAGCACAGUGUGCGCAGGGGAGCCGUCUGCGCACCACCCUUCUGCAGGGGACCCUUGUCGAGACGCCCCUUCCGGAGACGCCCCAGGGGAGUGCACAUACCGGAGGCAGAGCGAUCUAACCAAGGUCAUCAGCGAAAAGCACCAAAUCGACUUCGACUCCGUGUACAGCUUCUUCUCAAGCUACGCGCUUCGACACGCAGGGAAGGAACCCCCCGUAGUGGAGGACGCCAAGGAGAAGAAACCCUCUACUAGUGCCCCGCACAAGCAGAAGUGGAACGACUAUGUGAGGCUCUUCAUAGAGGAAAAAAUAACGAACCCAUUUGUGAUCCUCUACCAGUUGAUUUUUAAAAAAUUCCGAUUUAACCUGAAGGUGAGAAAUGAGCAGGAUAUCUACAUGGAGCUUCAAAUCCAUCACUUCAAACUAGUGCACCGUCUUUUUGAAGACAUCUACACAGGGAAGCAAAACAUAGAUUCUAGAAAAAUCGAUGACGUGUUUUAUUUUCAAUUGUUUUACGAUCUCCUAGUGAGGAUAUUCAACGAACUGUAUUACUUCGAAUUUAGUAACAUCCCAAGGAAGACUUCCCACGAGAAAUAUAAGACGAGAGGAAAAUACUUUGUUAAGAAGAUACUAAUACAACUUUUGGCCUCUAAAGAUUUCCAGUACUUCCAGCUGGAGGAUGAGUUUCCUAAACAAUUCAGACAUCAUCCCAGUUUCUAUGAGCUGACAAACAAGUAUGGCUACACCAUGCACAUGCCUAGGAGUAAUGUCAAUCUCAUCAAAUUGAAUAAGAACGCCUGGUUUCUUUAUGAUGCCUUUUGGCCCAUUGCUAAUCAUAAGGACUUCCAAUCAGCGAAUGAGAAAUGCAUCAAGGAGGAUAAAUCUUCCUACAUCGGUUGCUCUAGAGAAGAGGACAGGGAAUACAUGAAUGCCUCCUUCGUUAAGGUGCAGAACCUGCUGUUUUACGCCUUCAAGCGGAGCUGCCUCGUCCCCAUGCUGAUUGCCAUCUUUGUGGUUAAUGAGGAUUUACAGCGCAGGGCGGAGGAAGGCGGCGAUCAAGGGGAUGGCGGCCAACGCGACGAACGCGGCCAAGGCGGUCAACCCGGCCAAGGCGGCACAAAUAGUGCUGCCUGUGAUGAUCCCGCUGCCAUUCCCCAUAGAACUUCCAAUAACGGUGCCGAUCCCGCAAACGUGGACGCGGAGGCCGACGCACAGGGCAACGGGGAGAACGCCGAGAAUGAGGAUAAUGCCGACAACGCGGAGGAUGAGGACGUCACCCCCGAGGCCUUCGUCCUGAACGACGUCGACCUGUACAAUUUACUCAGCCAAGGAGGUAACGCUACUGGGGAGGAGGAGCAGGAGAGUGGAGAGGGGAUGAACGAAGAAGCACAGGUGGGAGAAUCAGAAGAAGCAUCCCCUGCAGGAGCCCAAAGCGGUCUAACGAACGCCAACACGCAGGAGAGCGAACCCCACACAGGCACCACCAACGACAACGCGAUGGCCAACGCAAGCACCACCACCGCCAGGCGCCGAAACAACAAUACCUACAUUAUUGUAGACGAUAAUGGAGAAAACGAAACUGUCUUCGCAGAAAUAUUAAUCAGUCGGAACCUGCGCAACUCCAUAAACAUGGAGAUCGUGAACGUGACGGAUACUCACGUGGGACAGGGAGAGACAAACAGGAACUACAGACAGCUGAAUGCGGAGGGACUCUCCGAAAUCAUUAGUGACAUUAUCAGCGAAAAUAAUAUCAUCAAUAAUGUCAUCGUAGAGUCCAUUCUCGAGAACAGAACAGGAAUGAGGUAUCUCAACCAAGUGAGGGAGAGAGGAGGCACAGGUAUGGAUGACGGCGUCUCCAUGGAGGACGACACAUCGAGUGACGAAUUAAAUGUGGCUUCCAUCCAAUCGGAGAACCCUUUAGGGAUAAACUUGUCCGGUAGGGGAGGAGGUAGUAGUGGUGGCCAGGGGCUGCCAUCUGGACGUUCCUUUCCUUCCACCCCCAGUAACAGCAGCCUCAAUAACACCAUCGAUAUUUUUAUUAAGAUCAUUAAGUUGCUCAGCAUCAUCAUGGAUGCGUCCCAUCCGUUUAAGUACCUCAACGGGUUCUACUACUCCAACUUUGGGUCGUUGGGCGGCGAGUGGGAUGACCACUGGGAUGGCCACUCGGAAGGCCACUCAGAUGAGCACUCGGAUGGUCAGUUUGAUGCCUAUCCGGACAACUUCUGCCUGGAGGACGCCCAUCUGGACAGCUUCCGCGUGGAGGCCCAUUCCAGCCCGAGGGGGGACUGUCACGCCGAGGCGGGCACAGCAGACGAGUGUGAAAAGCGACUCGAGGGGGGAGGCGGCGAGGAAAGAAGCGGCGAAAGAAGCGUCGAAAGCGGCCCUGUGAAGGAAAGCCUUACCCCUGAAGAGGAGCCCCAGGCGAGGAACCACCCUCCUUGUGAUAGGGUCAACAAGGGAUCCAACCCAGGUGAGCAGAACUCCACUGUAGUAGAAGCGACAGAGGAGAAGGAAACAAGAGGUGCACCAUCUUGCGAAAUGGCCAAGAAAAUACUCUCCAAAGGAGCCAGUCCUCCCAACGAGCAAACACUUAUCUUUGAUGAAAUACAUGUGCUGAAGAGGAGGCAGAAGGAAAAGAAGCAAACGGAGCAGAUGGAGCAGACGGGGCAGACAAAGCAAACGAAGCAAACGUACGCACUGAACAAAGUAGCCGUGCAUAACCUGAUGAGGAGCUUGAGCAACAUCAACUCGAACGAAGACAAGUGUUUCCAGAAAGUGAGGAACACCAUAAUUGAGCGGAUGAAGGAGCUGCUCUCUGAGAGCUAUGACUGUAAAAAUGUCAGCAACAACAAUCAAUUUAUUGAAGUCGCGAAGAAGAGGCAGCAGGAUCUUCUCAAAAUGAUGAAAGAUCAGCAACUCAAAUUUAGCCAAUUUUUGGAGGAAGAGCUGGACUCGGACGAGGACAUCUUCGGCGAGGCGACAGGCGAGGCGGCAGACGGAGGGGCAGGCCAAGGGGAAGGCGAACCUAGUGCAGACCCCGCCGCGGAUCCCGCCGCUGCACUGGAGGGAAGAGGCACCAGGAGAGACAAACCGGAAGACACCGACCAUGCGGAAGAUGUGGCCAACUGCGAAUAUGAAAGGUCCAAGGAGAAAAAUUGCAUCUGUGUACUCUGCAAAGAGGGCAUGACUAGGAACAACCUGCUGGCCUACAUCUGCUUCGCGUCCCAUUCGAAUCUGUUGAAGAAAAUUAUAAAAAAAAACAAAGUUGCCUUCCCGUGUAAACAUCCAGCCAUAUACACCUGUGGCCACUUCAUUCAUAUGACGUGUCUCCACAACACAAAAGUGUUUUUGACAAGAAACUCCCAAUCGCAAUCGUCGACUCCGACUAAGUAUGAGUUUACCUGUCCUCUGUGUCGGUCCAUCGCCAACUGCUUCGUCGUUUAUAUUCCCAAGCGGUAUGUUUCUGAAGGGGACAGUUACAGGAUUUAUGACUGUAGCGAGCGUGAGUUGCUUCUGGACCCUUCGAAUAGGAACUUGGCUGACCUUCUCAGGAGGACCAGCAGGCUGGAGGAGCUGCGUGGGGAGCGCCGUGACGAUCUGAAUGACGAGCAGCACACAGCGAUACUGAGGGAUACGGACCAGACGGGAACUUCAAGCCGAGUGGAAACCUCAAACGGAGGGGAAAACUCCCACGGAGCCCUGGUCAGUAGCACGGACGAGCACGAAAUGGAUUACAACUCAGAGAUCGCCUCCGAUCGAUCCUUCUCCUCAUCGACGUCGUCCAAUGGAGCCCUCGACAGUGACAUCCCGGAAGAGUUCCAUUUCAAGUAUAUUCGGAAAGGAAAGAAGAAUGGCUCCAAGGAUAAGGCGAAAUUUUUUACAGACGAGAAGAAAGAGUUUGUCCCGAACACCUCCAGCCAAAAUGUCACAUACAACCUGUACGAUGAGAACAAAAUCGGUGAUAUGUUUAAUGUUCGUUUUAGAAAGUUGCUCAGUGGACGGGUUCUAAAUGGGUUCUUGUCAUACGAAAAUUACGAGCUGAACAAGAAAAUCAUUCUGAGGGAGAUUUACCUCAAUGAGGGUGGCAUGUACGACGAGCUCUACCACAAGGGGGACGAUUCACACCUCUCCUCAUCGGGGGGAAGCAGCGCACAGGUGGCCACUACACAGGAGGAGGGUACACCACUCAGCAGAAGUGGCACCGAGCUACACCUCCACAAGAACACACUCAACUAUGGAAACGAAGAGUUCACUUUCUCAUACAAAAAUUCAAACUUCUUCUACACUUACCGAAAUGGCUUUCUGGCCUACUAUGUGAGUGUUCCCCUGAAGUAUAUAAGGCAGGUGGAGUUUUUCAUGGUCAGGGAUAAUCACUUGGCCCAAUCGUCUCCAUCCGAGUGCAAACAAUUUUAUUUCACCGCGCGGAUUGAGAAGACGGAGGAAGGGAAGAAGGCAGUGGAAGAUGAAAAUAACGAACUGCUGGAUCUUAAAGAGGAAGGUGGGACAAAGGAAAACGUGGAGGUGAUCUUAAAAUACCACAUGGAUAAGACUCUCCUAGAGUUUAUAAAAAAUAAUUUGAAGAAUGAAGGGUCCAAUAUUGAAGAAGCCAUUCAGAAGUACGAACUGCCGUUCAGUAAUCAUAGCAGCUCAUCGAAUGGGCCGUUAAUUCAACCAAAGGAGGAGAUGCCAGGUGAUUGCAAUCAUUACAGUGAUUACAGUGACCAUCAGAUGGAGAAGAGGCCAAAGAUUGACUCGGAAAGCAGUACAAAAUGGGAUGGUAAGUCGAUGCAUGGUGCAUUACCAGAAUAUGUCCCUUGCGUCGGUGCACGGAGUAGCGAGGUCAACAUGGGUGCUACCAAGCAAGAGGAUAAGAAGGGCGACGGAAAUGGGGCACUGCACACGGGCCAGAUCCCCUCCAGUGACGCGAAUGUUUCUUCAAAUCUGGAUGAGGACAUCUCCAGAAGUGUUGAUCUCCCACUUGGCAAGGCACCCGAACCAGCGCUGGAAUCAAAGAGUGAUGGAAUUGGCGCCUCUCUUGGGAAAGAAAGGACGAAGGACAGGUGCCUGAAGAGAAGAAGUGAGAGAAGCACGAGCAGAAGGAUGCUCUCCGGAGAGACAGAAGAGGACACGAACGGCAACAUCAGCAGCAACGGAAACCGCAGCAACCAAAACAGUAACGUGGGUAGAGCGAGACAACGAAAUGGGGACGACACGGAAGAGGGUGAAAAGGACAACGGCCACGCGCCAAAUGCACCAAAAUUCCAGUAUCGGUGCACAGAAAAGUAUUUUAAAAGGCAUAACACGUAUAGGAGACACCUAAAUGUUGGGAGAAGCUGGGAUGGAAUCAUAAGUACCAACAAGAGAUACUACGCGCUGUACAAAGAUACCCUACACAAACAGAAGCUGGAACCAAUGUUUGACAUGAAAGCGCUGAGGAUGUCCAUGAUUCAGUUGGGACUCAUGACGGAAACGUCCUGGAGAAUCUUCCACCACAACAAUAGUACGUUCUCCACGCUACAGACUCAUUCAAGGCAUUAUAAGAAGCUAAUCGAUUUUGAGUAUAACCACAAGAACCAGGACCACUAUGAAGACAUCGACAUUGAAGAAGUGGGAGUGAAGGAUCUUAUGAGCAUGUACGAGACGGUGGAGCUUUACCCGGAUUUCCUCCAAGACUGGAAGUGUGUCGAGUUUGUAAACAGAGAGGAGAUUCGCCGCCUUAGAAGGGAGGAUUUAUUUUUCAUCAACCGAGGGUACUAUGCGAGGUGCAAGCGGGAGCGACGAAGAGGAGGCGGAGCAGUCGAUUUAGCAGGUGUCUCCCUCGGAGCAGAGGCGUCAGCGGGUGUCUCGUCAAAUGUAUUGGCCACCGCGAUACUAAACGUGGUGUCCAACGUAGUAGGGAACGCUUCACCUAUGGGAGAGUCGAGCGAUCUCGGCGCGAACACCCUCGUAAGACAAACUGAAUGGAAGAAGAAGAAAAAAAAAGAAAAAAAAAAAAGAAAAUGCGAUAUUUUGAAUAUCAAAUUCUGGAGAAACAUCAACACUGCUAUAGACAUGGACAAGCUGCACUGGAUACUCUACAACGAAAUAUUGGUUCACUUGUUUUACAAGAAUAUUAAUUACGUCUCGUGUAACAACCUUAUCGAAACACUGGUGCGUAACUUGUUCCUUCACAAGCACCAGUUAAACAUCGUAAAGGAAAGAAAAAUCGCCAACCUGUUAAACCUACAGCUGUGGAAAAAUCUCUACAACGUCUCAUUCGAUUAUGUGUACCCCUAUCGAUUCACCGAUCAUAAUUACAAACGUUUUUUCAACAAGAUAAAAAAUGCACACGUGCUAAAUAAGCUAGCCAUGGUUCCACUUUCCGUGGACGUUUUGAGACUCUUCAUGCAUUUCUUCCUGAACCAGCUGCUCCACACCCAAGCCCACAUCCAGCACUUUAUCUCCAUUUCGCUCAUCAUUAUCAGCUUCCAAGUUAUGAAUGAAGUGUUCAUAAGAGAAAUCUCCAAGUCCUACGUCCGAUACAUUUUUUCAUCAUUUUCACCUGAACAAGUCAGGCAAAACUUUGAAAAUAUAGCCAAGUAUGUUUGUGUCAAUUUGGAGGAAGGAACUUAUCCCAUGAAGGGAAAAAGCAGCACAUGUCGAGAUAAAGGAGAUUCCAUCUCGGAUUACCAAAAUUGUGUUAACCCACCACCCUCCAUCAAACGAAACGAUGACGAGAAUGACCACACAGAAAAGUUUGAUGACGAAGGGAAGAUACAGUACCAGAUGUUUCAUACAUUCAUAUUUGACUGCUUCGUCGAUAAGAACGUUGCGAGUGAAAAUGGCCAGGGGAAUCCUCCUCAGAAGGGGGACCCACCAAAUGAGCCACCAAAUCAGCUGCCAAGUGAGCUACCAAAUCAGCUGCCAAGUGAUCUACCACGUGAUCUACCAAAUGAUCUACCACGUGAUCAACCAAGUGAUCUACCACGUGAUCAACCAAGUGACCUACCAAAUGACCACCCAAACGUAAAACACCCCUCUGGUAGCGCCGCUAGCAGGGGACAAGAGCCACCACGUCAGAAAAGGGACAAAUCGAUGGACAGCCUAAAUCCCAUGAAGCUCUUCCAAAACGUGAAGAAACUGUCGUAUAAUUUUAACCAAGAAGAGAUAAAACUGCUAAAGGACUGUAUCCAGCAAAGUGAUAUCCUUAUGGAUUGCCAAACAGACAGUGAUCACUUCACACGUGAAAGAAGUUCCAUCCAUAGGAAGGACGAGAAAGUCGAAAAAUCGCCUGAACAGGCAAGGCGAAAAAUAAGACACACAUGGGAGGGGACAACACAAACAGGAGAUAACCAUUCCGGUGAGUUAGAAAAAACUGAGCAGGAUGAAACGAAUAGAAAAAAAAAAAAACUGUUCAUUUUGCAUGAGACGAUGAAGAAGCUAGUGCAGAUUAACGAAUUUAAGAAGAAAACAAAAAAGAUUAUGCUCCUCUUGUGUGAAGUUAACGACGAAUAUAUGAAACAUGUGUACUGUAAUGGGUACAUGCCCAUAAAUAUAUUCUUAAGUACGAACUUUACCAAGUAUGAGCAAUUUUUCAAUAACUACUAUCCAUUUGUAUACAACAGAAGGAGGAACUCCAAGUGGGGAUCCUUCCAUGUGCUAUAUGAGAAUAGCCUUCGUCGUGCCAGGGAGAGCAAGAAGGGGCCCCUCGUGAAGAACAAAACGGUGAUGAAGAGGGACUAUAAUUACUUGGCCAGUGGCAGCAGCGGUGGUGGAAGUGGUCAAAGUGGCCGAAGUGGUGGAGCGAAGGAGGCGGGCAGUGAGACCCCCCAUGGUGGAGCAGCACCCAGUGGAGGAGCAACCCAUUUGGUAGGAGCGAACGGACAGGCGGACGUAGACACGGUGGAGAACGAGGCGGGGCAAUACUCAUAUAAGAGCCACCCAGGCUGCGCGAGCACCUACAAGAGAGACAUCUUCGAAGAACAGGAGGUGCUUCCCAAAUCGGUAGGAAGUGGGACUGGCAAUGCAGUACAGCAAGGCGUAGCAGACCAGAGCGUAGCAGAUGACAGCGCAUUGAUGAGUAGCUCCCGAGAAGGCCUCUUAACCACGGCCAAGUUACACACCACCCGACCCAGCGAGGAUACUGACGAGUCUCAUUUGCCAAACGAGCUGAAUCUCUUUAAGUACAAACUAUACAACAUAUCCAAUGAAGAAAUCAGCAACCUUUACCUGACGAACGACACACAAGAGGGUACCUUCGACCGUACCUUGAACAACCACGAUUUUGAAUUCAGACACGUGAAUUUAGUGAGUCAACUUAGAUGCAAAUUUGAAAGAGUGCCUUACGUGAAUCACUUGUUUUAUAUGUACAAUGUGUAUCAGAACCUGUUCAGUCUGAAGGUAAUUAAGGGCAUCCAUGAUAUGAGGGAGAGAGAGGUAAACAUUUUCUCCGAGCAGUUUCUCCUCGCUCGAGUAGGUGACGACAUUGCAGAUGGGGUUCCAGCCGAAGUGAACUUCUCCGACGCAAGCUUCGACAGCAAUGAGUCCAUCCAUGUUUCAGAUCGGGAGUGCACCAGUCAGAAGUGCAAAGGGGAGAAGUGCAAAGGGGAGAAGUGCAAACGUGAGAAUUGCAUAAAUGAGACGUGCCACAAGUGUGACGAGGAAGCCAGAUACGAUGAAGGUGGAGUGACAGGGGAGGAGGAUGCUAUGACCUCCUCCCUUGGAGUCCUCAACGAUAUCCUUGACGUAGGGGAACUAAUCAAAGAUAUGAAGAAAAGUAAAAAGCGAAGGAGGAAGAUCAAGAACAAUAAGUGCGCAGAUGAUCUGUUUGUCAAAUUCUUUAACAAAUCGUUGAAGCUGAGGAAUGGCCAGAGCAAAGGUCUAGAUCGAAAUGGGAAGAGGGGACCACCAACCCCCGGGGAAAGGAAAUCUUCAGCCGACACCUCCUAUUCUUCUGCCCUGGACAAUCCUCUACAACAUGACACAAAAUCGGCGUCUCAACUGCUAAGUAGCGGACAAAAAGGGGCUCACAAUCCCUCUGUCGACGUGUUCGUGGAUCCCCAUGAUUUGAAACGGGUGGACAUCUCUCAAGGGGUGCAGCAAGGCCGAGGGGGUACUAUCAAUCAAAACGGAGAAAACGUGCCAAGUGACCGCAGCGGUGAGUAUGGAAGCUGUCAAGAGGACUACUCCCUUGGUGGGGAUCGUUCAAACGGGGGAAGCAACAGCGGCAGGCCCCCUUCCUGCGAACCGUCCGCAUGCGCUGCUCACUCCAACGCUUCUAACAUGUCCAGCGCAUCCAACAGCUCCAACGCUUCUAACCCCUCCGACGCUUCUAACACGUCCAGCGCUUCUAACCCCUCCGACUCUUCCUUCGACAGUCAGGGCAGCCUCGACUUCCGAAGCAUGCACGAUGAAAACCAUUCCAGCAGUGACCUCGACAACACACUCUUCAGACGAAGGAUACACGAGAGGAACAACCCCCCAGAUUCAUUCGUUGAUUUUAUGACAAGAAAAAAGUAUGCCAAUAUAAACAAUAAGUUAAAAAACUCCAAAAUGGAUUUCAACAAAUAUAAGCACGUGAACAAAAUACAGAGGUAUCAUAUGUUGCUCAAAGCUAAUGGUCUGAAUAAGACGUUCUUCUACAACAUUAGGAAGAUAUACAGCUAUGUGUAUAAUCUGUAUGACUUUCUGCCGCUUUACUUGGUGCAGAAUGUUCUUCUGCAUUUCUACGGGGGUCAGAAGGAGGCCAAGAAGUACUACUAUGCUGAUGAUCUCUGUGGUGGUGUCUUACCCCCCCCGGAGGAUGGAGAGUACCAGUUUAGUAAAUAUUCCCAGUCUUUCUUUAGGACAAAGAAGUGGAGAAGGAAGUAUGCCAAAUAUAGGGAUCGAAUUAAUGGUUACCUUCCUCACGGCGAAGGCAAAGGCGCAGUGAGAAGUCAUUGCCGCAGUGGACACGAGUCGGGCAAGGGGAAACCCACCCGGGAGGAAGCAGCCAAGGAAGUACGCGGAGAAGACGUUCAGAAAGAUCCAUCUGAGGGGGUCACAAAUUUCAAUUCCACACCAAGGGAAGUAUCCGGAGAAGUGGCCAGAGAAGUUACCGGAGGAGUUACCGGAGGAGUUACCGGAGGAGUUACCGGAGAAGUUACCGGAGAAGUUACCGGAGAAGUUACCGGAGAAGUUACCGGAGACGUGCCCGGUGAGGCCAACCGCAGGGGAAGCGAAAAGGGCUCCAACGGCACCUCGUACGACGUCAACAAGAAGAUAAAGACGCAGCACAGCAGUAGCGGCAAGUCGGACUCCAUGAAUAGUCUGUUCGGCGCGGCGGGCAAGGGGGGGUUAAGCGAUUUGUGGAGCGGCUCCCAAAGCGGCAUGGGAAAUGGCAUGGGAAGUGGGCUGCGAUGCGGUGUGGAAAACUCCUCACCGAGUGAUUUCUUCUCAGGUGCUGCCCCUAAUCCACGGGGAAGCAAGGGGACCGCCCGGCGCUCAUUCCAUCCCACCGACCUGAACGGAGAGCACCUGCUAAGCGUGAAGAAAAUCUUCUAUAUAUUUUACCACUACCUCAAGAAGAACCAUUUCAUCGACGGGAAGAACCCGUGUAGCAAGAUCUACAGGAGGUUCCUAAAGAAUUACAUCAAAUCGGCAAACGUCUAUCUCCACUUCGUAGCGUAUAUGUUAUUUUCCAUCUACGACUGCAAUGCUUUGGCGAAGAAGUAUCUAGACUAUAUCCACCUGCACAGCGACUUAGGGAAAUAUAACAUUUUUCUCCUCAUGCUUAAUGUGAACCCCCAGUUCGAUAAGAUAUACACGUACCCAACCCUACAGCUGAUUUUUCAUCCAUACUUUUAUCAGAUGUAUCAGAUGUAUAAGUAUCUAAAAAUAGAUGCAGAACCCAUUUUGCCUCACCAUUUUUAUGAGAACCUAGACAAGUUCAUUUCUUCGACUUCUCUGUUCCAACCGAGUCGAAAUUACUUCACUCUGAUUAAGAGGUACUUCAAGACAAAGUGUGUUAAUUGUAGCAGACCUCCUAUGAUCAUCCUCAUUUGUCUGUUUUGUGGAUCCACCAUAUGUCUUCAAGAAAGCGACAAUGUGCGUCUGCCCCUUUCCGAGUCUAUUGGGAAGUGCGGCUACCACACCACUAUCUGCGGCGGGGAUCAGGCCCUGUACCUGUGUCUCAACGUCUCAUCGGUCCUCUUCGCCAGCGAGCAUCGAUUCGGCCUCAUCAGCGGACCUUACGUUGACAAAAACGGAGACGUCGACCCGCGACUCAAGCGCGGAAAGAACCUCUACCUCUCUCCUCACAAGAUGAACCGCAUAUACGAGAUCAUAGUGAACUCGGCAGUCGACGUCGAGAUCUACAAACAAACGCAGAAGGCCGAUUGA